GGAAGCCAUGAGCCAUGAUGACGAACCUCCGCUCGUAGCUACUUAUAGAACUCAGCGGCCACCAUGGAUUGGUCUAUGGAGUACUCGGGAGUAUAAGGGGCGUCCAGAUUGGUGGAAGGAAGCUGGUGUUGAAGACGAGAUUGUCCGCAGUGGACGACUGCGUAUGAUACGUCACAGGUACAAGGAAGAAGAUCCGGAUUUUUUUGAUCCAAAGGUUCCUGACGGGACUUCGCUUACUGGACCGCUAGGUUUAGAUUCGAAGUACCACCACGAUAUCACUAUAAAGGCAGAUCAACCUGGACCGCUAAAGGAGACAAGGCAUGCUGAUCUGAUUUACUCGUUUUUCUUUGUAAUUUUCAAAAUCUGGAAAGGCUCUCAUCAAUAUAAGGCUAUAGCUGAAAAGUUCGACAUUAGUAAAGAACAUCCCGGUUUUGAUGUGAACCCUACUCUCAACGAUUUGUUGAAUAUCCCAAAAUGGCAUCUUGGUCGCAACGCCUUUGUGCCGAAUUCAUGGUAUCACUAUGGUCCGCGAUUUUUCGACAAACCGUUAAACGAAGCAACCAUCGAAAAGGGACUGGCUUGCGCGAAAUAUACAGCUUUUCUGACUUCGGGCACUUCCGAAAUGUUGUGUAGUGACCUUUUUGUUGCUACUUGGGUGUAUCCGGUGUACUUUGCUUUUUAUGCUUAUACCUAUCCGAAGCCGCCGGGAAGCGACUUGGCCAAGAAGAAUUUGAUACACGAAGGAUACGAAUCUCUAGAAACGUUCAAUUCUUGAAC